UUUUAUAGCACCAUUGAAUCUGCCUCUGCAGAAGUACAGUGAAUUUUGUGGCUUAAUUUGGAACAAAGGGGAUUAGUGAAAAAAAUCUCUAUUUAAUAAGGCAUCGAAAAACAAGGGCAGGCAGUCUUUGGUUGUGAAUAUUUUCUGAUUUUUCCAGAAAUCAAGCAGAAGAUUGAGCUGCUGAUGUCAGUUAACUCUGAGAAGUCGUCCUCUUCAGAAAGAUGUCGGAGAUCAUCUGCAACCAUUUAAACUCCACCUCCUUCACUACUGCUGAUCUGCUCAUUUCACUUUCUGAAACACAGAAAGUUAGUCCCAGGCCAGAGCCUCAACAAAAAGUUCCUUCUGCACCACCACCACCUCCUCCACCACCACCACCUCCUCCACCUCUCCCAGAGCCAGCACCACCGGAACCAGAGGAGGAAAUUCUGGGAUCUGAUGAUGAAGAGCAAGAAGAUCCUGCAGAUUAUUGCAAAGGAGGCUAUCAUCCAGUGAAAAUUGGAGAUCUUUUCAAUGGCCGGUACCAUGUCAUCAGGAAGUUAGGAUGGGGACACUUUUCUACUGUCUGGCUAUGCUGGGAUAUGCAGGGGAAACGGUUUGUUGCAAUGAAGGUUGUGAAAAGUGCGCAACACUAUACAGAGACAGCCUUGGAUGAAAUAAAGUUGCUUAAAUGUGUCCGUGAAAGUGACCCUAAUGAUCCAAAUAAAGACAUGGUUGUACAGUUAAUUGAUGACUUUAAAAUUUCUGGAAUGAAUGGAAUUCAUGUCUGUAUGGUUUUCGAAGUCCUUGGACAUCAUCUUUUAAAAUGGAUAAUUAAGUCCAACUAUCAGGGCCUUCCUAUCCGUUGUGUGAAAAGUAUAAUACAACAGGUAUUGCAGGGCUUAGAUUAUCUUCAUAGCAAAUGUAAGAUCAUCCAUACGGAUAUCAAACCAGAAAACAUCUUGAUGUGCGUGGAUGACACCUACGUCCGUAGAAUGGCUGCAGAAGCUACCGAGUGGCAGAAGGCUGGUGCUCCUCCUCCUUCUGGCUCAGCAGUGAGUACAGCUCCACAGCAAAAGCCUAUUGGAAAGAUAUCUAAAAACAAAAAGAAGAAACUGAAAAAAAAGCAAAAGAGGCAAGCUGAGUUGUUAGAAAAGCGUUUGCAGGAAAUAGAAGAACUGGAGCGAGAAGCAGAGAGGAAAAAAAUAGAAGAAAAUAUAACCUCUAUUGUAUCAUCUAAUGAACAAGAGGAUGAAUACCACCCAGAAGUCAAGCUAAAAACUGUUGAGUUAGAGGAGGUAGCAGAUGAAGAACCUGGGAAUGAGGAUGGUGAAACAGAAGAUCAAGAUGAAAAAGAAGACACAGAAAAAGAAAAUACAGAGAAAGAUGAUGAUGUUGAACAAGACCUUGUCAACUCCGAGUCCACGGAGCCUGCUUGGACAGAAUCCCCUAAAACCAAUGGCCAUGUUAUAAACGGUCCUUUCUUAUUGGAAGAACAGUUAGAAGAUGAUGAUGAAGAAGAAGAGGAAUGCCCAAAUGCUGAGCAAUAUAAUCUUGAUGAGCCAAAUGCAAAAAGUGAUUACACUUACAGUAGCCCUUAUGAACAAUUUAAUGGUGAAUUGCCAAAUGGACGUCAUAAAAUUGCUGAAUCACAGUUUUCGGAAUUCUCGGCUUCUGUAUUUCCUGGAGGUUUAGAUUCUGUAGCUUGUGGUUCUGCUGUUUCUGAAGAGUCAACUAUAACUGAAAGAGAGGAAAGUAUUCCUUCGCAUGAUAGGAGCAGGACAGUUUCAGCAUCUAGUACUGGAGAUUUGCCAAAAACAAAAACUCGUGCAGCUGACCUACUGGUGAAUCCACUUGAUCCAAGAAAUGCAGAUAAAAUUAGAGUUAAAAUUGCUGACCUGGGAAACGCUUGCUGGGUGCAUAAACAUUUCACAGAAGACAUCCAGACACGACAAUAUAGAUCAAUAGAGGUUUUAAUAGGAGCAGGUUACAGCACACCUGCUGAUAUCUGGAGCACAGCAUGCAUGGCAUUUGAGCUAGCAACCGGUGAUUAUUUGUUUGAACCCCAUUCCGGUGAAGAUUAUUCCAGAGAUGAGGACCACAUAGCACACAUCAUAGAGCUGCUAGGCAAUAUCCCAAGGCACUUUGCUCUAUCUGGAAAAUAUUCUCGGGAAUUCUUCAAUCGCAGAGAUCACAUAGCAUUGAUCAUUGAACUGCUGGGGAAAAUCCCUCGAAAAUACGCUAUGGUGGGGAAAUAUUCCAAGGAGUUUUUCACCAAAAAAGGAGAACUUCGACACAUUACCAAACUGAAACCUUGGAGCCUCUUUGAUGUUCUCGUGGAGAAGUAUGGUUGGCCUCAGGAGGAUGCUGCAGAGUUUACAGAUUUCCUGAUUCCAAUGCUAGAAAUGGUUCCGGAAAAACGAGCCUCAGCUGGUGAAUGCCUUCGGCACCCUUGGUUGAAUUCUUAGCGAAAUCUCCAGAUAUUGACAUUGGGCCAGCACCCACAUCAGACUUAAAUGGUGACUGUCAUAAAUUCUCUUCACAGGAUCAUAAAUGAGCUGGCUCCAACCCCAGACUUUUAUUUUGCUUUGAGGUACUGUUUGACCUUUUGCUUUUUGUGCACUGUGUUCUUGGGAGGAGGAAUAGUCAUUUUGUCUUCAGCUAAUAGUUUCACUGACUCUGCAGAAAACACUAAUGUGUCUUGAAGCAUUGUUUCUUGUGUUGUGUGGCAUUCAGACAUCAAGUUUUUGAACAAAACAUUCUUUAUUCCCCUCUAUGUGUUUUGGCAGGUUUUGUAACUAUUUAUGGAAAAUAUUUUAGCUGAGUAUUCUAUAAUUUACAAGUGUGAGACCUUAUCAAGUCAGAAUUGAGAAAAUGUACAAUUCUAUCUUUUGGCAAAGGGACAUUGUUCUUGUAAAAUAGUAUAUGUAAAUGCACCCUGUAAAUGUUUAUUUCCAUUAAAAAUGGGAUGGGGACACCAGUUUCAGAGUAAAGCUAUUGAAUUGAGAGCAACUUGUAGUGUACAAAUUGCAUAUAGAGAAUUCCAGGCUGCUUCAGGAGUUGCACAGACUUUCUGUGCUCUACCAGUGCCCAGAUUGGAUUUGGAGAAAAUGGCUCUGAUUUAGAAUAUUCCAUUCUCCAACAGGCACUUUAAAGAAGGCUAAGCAUUCAGAGGAUAAAAUAUAUAUUUUAAGUGCUUUUGAGGAGAUGUCAUUUGUGAGGUGAAGUAAUGGUAAAGGGGCACUGCUUUUUCUUAAGUAUGGCUGAUGUUCUAGGCUUAAGAAUUUAAAAUAAGCCUGGGAAGAAUUCACACUUGUUAACCUUGGAUAAAGAUGAUGCUCCACUUAAGGAAAAACAGAAUUGAUGCAAACAUUUUCUUUACAACGAAAGAUCAUGCACCUUCCAUACAUAGCUUUACAUGUUUCUAAAACAAAUUGCACUAGCUUUCCCCCCAUUAAUUGACAUAUUGAGGAACUAAUAUUCCUUUGUAAGUUGCACACAAAAUUUUAAGUGUUUUCGUAUAAAAGUAAAAAACAAAAAACUAAAUAGAUUCCAAAAGAGAACUCAUAGGCAAUACAGAUUUUAGAAUGUAAAAUAUGGAGGUGUAUUUUAGCCUCUUUUAGAAGUCAGUGGAAUGAAUGUAAAUUUAUUUCUGGUUUUACACUUUAAUUAUGGUGCCACUUUUUCUUGACUUUGUCAAUUUUAAAUUUCUUUACAUCCCAGAUUGUGAGACAAAACCCCAUAUUGUAACAAUAACUAAUUGUUUGAGGUGCUUGCAGUUGUCUAAUUAAAGUGGUUGUGGUUUUUUUU